CUAAGGAGAUUGUGUGAUUGCAGCUGUAGCGGAAGUAAAAUAGUAAAUAUUAGCAGAUGCACCUGUCACUUUGAGGGGGAUAAACUUAGAAGUGGGCUAACUAUAUCACGCUAAGACACAUCUUAUCGAAGAGACGUUAUACCUUGGUUAUAGUUUUAUAAUAGCGAUAGCCGGCCCGCAAAAGAUAAGGUUGCUAACAGCUAUCGUCAUAAGGACAAAGGUAGGCGCAGCUGUGCGGGAGGAGGGAGGAACCCUGCCCGUCACCUAACGCUGCCGUUGGUUCGUGCGUGAGCUAGUCCAGUGAGCUUUCUUGACUCCCAUUCACCUUCAGCGGGAUCCGCUAGAAGUAGUUGCUCGGUCAAGGGUGGGGUUAUGCCUAAACUCCCGGCUCCAUCACUGUCUGCUUGAAUAUUCGAGAAUGAAAAAGCGUUAAGCGAUGCGAACCAACAUCACUUUUCCAGUCUUGGGAGGAUGAAGUGGUUGCAUUUGGCUAGCAAGUCAUGUUUUCUCCUGUAAAAUGUUCUCAGUAGAUUUGUGGGAGUGAAAAGAUGAAAGUCUUUUGAAGAACAACCCACAGAGACAUGAUUCUAAGAAGUGGAAACCUCAGCUUGGAUUCGAACACCUUUUAGGCAUAAAUAACCUUUUUUUUUAUUUUAAACACCUUGCCCCCCACUUCUUCCCACGUCUAUGUUCAUGUAUCUUUUUUGCUAUCCUUGUAUUAGCACAGAGUCAUUGAGCAAGCAGAAUUGGUCCAGUUUUUGUUUUUAUUUUUUUACUUUCAUUUUUUGUUCCUUUGAAAAGAAAUGCUUUACCUGAAAAAGUACUUCACAGAGGGCCUGAUUCAGUUCACCAUCCUUUUGAGUCUCAUUGGGGUGAGGGUGGACGUUGACACUUAUUUAAGUAAUCAGUUGCCCCCACUAAGGGAGAUCAUCCUGGGGCCUAGCUCAGCUUACACACAGACACAGUUUCACAACCUGCGCAACACCCUGGACGGCUAUGGGAUCCAUCCAAAGAGUGUGGACCUCGACCAUUUCUUCACGACUCGACGGCUGCUAAACCAGGUGCGCCAGCUGGACCGCCUCUCUGUCCCCAGCACAGAACUCAACACCUGGCUAGUGCAUCGAGAGACCGAGACAGUGGUGUCCACCAGCAGCCAGUCCAGCCCCAGCAUAACCCUGGACAAUGGGGCCGGCCUAGAGGACAUUAACAACAUCGACUCGACCCCGGCCAUGAGAGGAGGAGCUGCAGCCCCUGAAUCCACAUACAACUUGAAUGCAGCGGACAGCAGUCUGGGAGCCGUGGCCCCAGAGGGCAAUCAGGAGCAGGGCAACGCGAAUGGCAAUGAUGACCUUACCAAAGAGGACAUUGACUUGAUUGACAUCUUAUGGCGGCAGGACAUUGACCUUGGUGCAGGAAGAGAAGUGUUCAACUACAGCAAUCGUCAGAAGGAGAGCGAGGAGAAGCCCGGCCUGCUGGAAAGCAAAGACAGGAGUGAGGAACAGGAGAGCUGGAGGAAUGGCAUAAACUUACAGGGUUCUCCGCCCGUGGAUGGGGAGACGGGAGAGAGUAUUCCAGAGCAGCUGCCAGCCAUUGGCUCACAGACUUCACUGUCAUUGCAAGAGUGCUUGAGGCUUCUGGAGGCCACUUUUCCUUUUGGAGAAGAAGCUGAGUUUCCAGCCCCGGGUGUUACCCAAGAAAUAUCUGUUUCCAAUGAAGAAGCUCCUUCCACAUCUCAAAGCUUGCCCCUGGGGUCUCAGCUGCCCGGAGCCGAGCCGCAGUUAGACCUGGAGCAGCAAUGGCAAGACAUCAUGGCCAUCAUGGAGCUGCAGGCGAUGGAGGUUAACAACACCGAUCUACAGACUAACUUCAGCGGUGCCAGUGCACCAAAUGGGACUACAGAAUCGAACACUGUUGCAAACUUUGGGCUUGCCACCCGCUCCACCCCCAUCAACGAAGACGUCAGCCUUCACCAGGCCUCCAUCCCCAGCUGCAGCCAGGACUUUCCCCAGAUCUUCAACACACAGCUGGAAUCUACGAGCAUCCCUCCACCCAGAGCCAGCAUGCCCAGACUUUCCUCCAGCAACUCCUCCAACAUCAACUCCACUUUUGGAGCCACCAAUCUGACCGGGAUUUUCCUUCCACCGCCCAUAAACGGCUCAAGCAGCAACGUCACAUCUACACCCACCCUACCUGAUCCAUUCGCCACCUUGCUGGAGGAGUCUAUGCUUGAUGAAAUCAGCCUUCUGGACCUCGCCAUGGAGGAGGGCUUCAGCCAGGCUCAAGCAUCGCAGCUGGAAGACGAACUUGACUCUGAUUCUGGUCUUUCCCUGGACUCCAGCCACAGCCCUGCAUCUCCAAGCAGCUCUGAGACAUCCUGCUCCUCUGCGGCUUCUUCAUCUUCAACUUCUGCCACCUUUUCAGAGGAAGGAGCCGUUGGCUACAGCACCGACUCCGAGGUGGCCACCGCAGAGACGGAGGAGGGUGCUGUCGGGGGGUACCAGUCUGAGUAUAGCAAGCUGUGUCGCAUGAGCUACCAGGACCUCUCCCAGUUCCACGGCCUUCCCCAACUGGACAGCAUCAGCCACAAUCAUACGUACAACCUACCGCUCUCUUCUCCAUUCUCUGAGCACCCGGAGCUCCCUUUGACAGCAGGAAAGAAGACCAUCCGCGACAAACACAGCUCCAAGCUUCAGCCUCCUCAGGACCUACUGGACAAGCACUCCAGCCGCGACGAGCGCAGAGCCCGGACCAUGAAAAUCCCCUUCUCCAAUGAGAAGAUCAUCAACCUUCCAGUUGAUGAAUUCAACGAGCUUCUGGCCAAGCACCAUCUGAACGAAGCCCAGCUCGCCCUCAUCCGCGACAUCCGCAGACGCGGCAAGAACAAGAUGGCCGCCCAGAACUGUCGCAAGCGCAAGCUGGAUGCCAUCAUCAGCCUGGAGCAGGGCGUCCAAGACCUGAGGCGCGACAAGGCCCGCCUGCUGAAAGAGAAGAUGGAGUUCAUCCGCUCCAUCCGGCAGAUGAAACACAAGAUGCAAAGCCUGUACCAGGAGGUGUUCAGUCAGCUGCGGGACGAGGAGGGCCGGCCCUAUCCUCCCAGCCAGUACUCCCUGCAGUACAGUGCUGACGGCAGCGUGCUGAUCAUGCCCCGCAGCGUGACCGCCGCAGAGCAGAACCGUAAGCCCGAGAAAAAACAGAAGGACAAAAAAAAGUGAGGCGGGACGAACUGCCGUUUAUUCGAUCACUUUGCUAAAUCGGUAAGACUUCAGCAGAUGCAAGAGAGAUGUCCUUUUGUUCCUUUAAGAAUAUUCUGGUGAGUAGGAACAUGGCGUUGACUACUCCUCCUGCUUUAGUUUUCUCUUUUCACUCUGUUCUGCAGUUUUUUUCCUGGAAACAAUUUUGAAGCAGAACUAGCUCUUUGUUUGAGUAACAAUGUUUCAUUAUUUAGAAGGGAGAUAUAAAAAGGACUUAAAAUGAGCUAUUUAGGAGAAAAAAAAUGCUGUUGAUCCUUUUGCACCAUUCUGAGGGUAAAGAGAAGGGUCGGAGGUGGAGAAGUGGAGGUGAAUGGACGAUGGCUGUAGCACCUAUGCACUGGAGGUUUAAAGGACUGUCGGAUCUCAGCCCACCGUGAAGACGCUCGGUGAUUUUUCACAGUCGCUGAAGCUUUAAGUUGCAAACAUGGAGUCAAAGAACAGCACCUGCAGUUGUGAGAGUUUCAAUACCAAAGGCUAAAGGAGGUCCAUCAUUUUAGAAUGCCAUUAACACCCAUACUAACCAAAGGUUGUAUGGUGCACAUGAUCUCUGUCCAUUCUAAAGGAUCAAACGCUACUGCACUCUUAUUUUGUGCUGGUUUUUGAGUCGGUUUAUUGGCAGCGUCCAAGUUUAAAGACCUUAGAUGAAUGGGGAAGUUGAAUGAAAGGAGUCGGAGGCUGACGGUUGCUGGCCGCUGCUAAAAGAGGCCAGAAGGUGGAGUCCCUCAAGGCAAACUGGGAGAGGUUUUCGAGAGGAGGCGCACUGCAUUGCAAAAUGUAUCAACUUCCUUAUAAAUUAUACAUAGCACUGUAAUUUGUCUUUGAGAGGCUUGGCUGUAUGCAUUCUGCCGUGUCUGUUGCUUUCCCUUUGCUGCAGGUUUAAAUAUGGGAACUGCCUUUGGGAGGUUCUUAUUAACUUUUUAUAAUCUGUAGUAAAACAAGGUUAUGGGUCUAGCCACAUCAGCUUUAUGUACAAGAAUGCACCUUUUUCUGUUGAUUUGAAGAGGAAAUAAAAAACUUGCACAGAGCCUGUAAUCACAAGAAUAUUUGAACGUGCUGUGAUGAGCCCAGCGCUCCACAGAGGUCUUUAUUAUUUACAUGGAAUUCAGCUAUAACUGAUAUGUUAGUUUGUUAUUGGGAGUCUAAUUUAAAGAGGAGAGUUCAGUUUGAUGCAGGUUAUUCUUUGAAAUACUUUGGUCAAAGAUGAUAUGCUCACAAGUUUUCACACCCUGGAAGAAAUAGUUAAAAUUUGACUUGAAUCUUUAAAAAGAAAAAAAUGACAUCACUCACUGUGGUUAAAGUCAAAUGUACUGUAUUGAUAAAGCGAAAAGUUCUGUUUAUGUCUUUGUGCUUUGAGACUGAAGGGAAGUCGCACAGAUGCCGGCAUUAAAGUUGAAUGAACUUUUCCUUCCAACAAUCCCGGCUGUUUUGGACAAAGCAGUGCCAGAAAGCAACAGUUUUACGCCUUCGGUUAUUUCUGGAGUAUUGUCUGAAUUUUGUCAAAUGGAACUCUAGAAAUACUUCCUGCUGUAAUUUUCUCAAUUCUAUGAAAAAUGUACAUAGUAAAUUCCCGGCAUGAGCAGAUGAAGUUUGAGGCUAAAAGCAUGCUCCAAGGAUGCAGAUGGGCUCCGUUUACUCUGAUUACACUUUUCAUGUGACCUAAUAUUUAUAUGAAAGUAGAAACUUUAUUCAUCCAGGGUGUGUAAACUCCUGAACAUAACUGGAUUUGCCAGCUUUAGACACUUUCAAACUGAUGAAGCUUUUGUCUUGAAUAUUAGAGGUCCUGCAUUUGCUUUUCUUUUCUGAGGUGUGUUGAUAAAGUGAGCCACAUUUUUAAACACGAUAAGUUAUGAGAACAUGAGAAGUGACUGUGUGUGUGCGUGAGUGUUGGGCCACUUUGAAUGCCUUCAUUUAAUAAUCUUAUUAGCGUCCCUUUUAGGGUUUUAAGAUCCAACGAGGAACGUUCUUAAAGUAGAAGUGCUAUUACUUGUCUAUUUGAAUGAAGUCAGUCGGUGAGUGUGUUUAUGUCAUCACCUUUUUUUUUAAGUCUCCUUGCAGCUCAGAUAGUCUAGAAUAUUUAGAAGCUGAACAGAACUUGCAAAUCCAAGAUGUCCAAAAAAAGAAAAAAACUGUCUUUGAAAGGAGAAAUGUCUUCAUUAAAUGUGAUAUUCAGGCAUGAAACUCUGGUUAACAUUCACUUCAGUGUAACUCAGUGCAAAGCCAAUUAAGAAGUACUGCUACUAUUUAGUGCACUUUCCUUUUGUCUGUCCUGUUAUGUAAAUAUUUUCAUGUCUAUGAUUUCAUGCAGUCCGUCGAGUGUCCAUAACAAGUCUCCUCCUAUGCUUUGAAUUUGGAUGUAGUUCCUGUUUUAAGGUAUUUGUUGGCAAUCAAGAAUUGUUUUUAUUGAUUAAUAAUAAAGUGUUUUUAUUUUCACCUGUGA